GAACGAAUUAAUUAUAAUGAUAAUAUUGUUUUACGUUCUGUUUUUUCAGAAAUCGUCCAACAAAUCAAUAAAUAUUUAACUCCAAAUCUAGCAACUGAGCAACAAAAACAGAUAGUUCAAUCAACGAUAUACCGUGCUCAGAUAUUCAAUUUGUGGGACUCUGAUAAUUCGUUAAACUUACAAGAAAUUACAUACGAUAAUGAUUUUAUUGAGAACAUUUAUGACAUUUCACAAUUAUAUUUAUUGGCUCUGAUUAAAGAAAAUGAAUAUUCUUCCGUUAAAGAA